UUGGUUUUGAACUGUUGGAGUGUAAUAGUGUAGGCUAAGUGCAAUACACAUACAUAGCACCUAGUCCAGAAUAUUCUUCUGCUUUAGAGGUAUCUACUCAUAUCUAGCUCAAUCCUGGAGUAGCGAAGAUAUCGACCAAUUUUUGCCACAGUCCUAAAAGACACCUACUAGUUGUUGGUCCAACCUGCAGAAAUAUUCUACCAUUUAUUCCAUCAGAGACCCACAGGAGGUACCUACUAGCUUCUAGCUCAAACCUGGAUGGAGGAAACUACCCAAUUUCUGCCCAAUACUGAAGAAAAUUAUUAAAACUUGAGCUUUACUAAGCGUCAGCAUCAGCUUAUUAACAAAAAUAGACAGAAAUGAUGAUAUUUAUACUUCUAAGCUGCGCUACUAUAGCAUCAGCUCAGCAGUGUACUACCAGUAAGGACUGUAGUUCUGUAGAAGCCCCACACUGCAGUAAGUGGGGCUGGUGUCAAUGGACCUCAGAGCAUGGGUCUAAUGGUCCAAAUCAGGAUGAUCAUGAGACAGAAGACUCAGAACGUUCGUUUCCAUCAACUGAUCAGAUAUCUCCGAAAGCUUAUGGAUUUGAGAAUGGAGAUGAUGUUUAUGACUAUUAUGGUUCCUAUGACAUUCUGAAAAAGGAACCAAGGGUAGAUGAGUUGAACUACAUUGACUCAAGUAUAUUUGGAGGCAAUAUCCAGCUGGUCAACGAAGACCAGUCAGAAGGCCAGCUGGUCAACGAAGACCAGUCAAUGGUCCAGGCUGAAGAGGAUGACCCACCUGAAGAAGAGGGUCAAGUGGGAAGAUCUGAUGUGCCAGCUGUUGGACUGGGUGGGGAGGAGAGCCAAGGAUGUCUGUAUGACUGCGUAAAUGAUUGUGUUGCUAUUGAUCAGCUGAAAGCGUACAGGGACUGUGUAGAUUUUUGUGGUGUAACUUGUGAAUAGAGAAAUUCUCGUUUAUUUAUUACUAAACAUUCAUGAAAUAAUAAAUAUGAGAUUAGA